AUGGCAACAAUGCACGAUUUCAUUUGUCAGUGGGGGGACAAUAUUACCCAUGGGAACGACAGCAUCUCGUGUGAUGAGCUUCAUCAAAUGCUUAUGCUUAUGGAUAGUCUUUCUGGCUCUCAUUCUGGGAGUAAUGAAUACAGAACACGACUUCUCUACUACCUCAUGGGCAUUGGAGGGAGUGUGGUGUGCUGUUUGGGCACAAUCGCCAACGCCUUGUCAGUUGCGGUGUUAACAAGACGUUCUAUGCGUUCCAGCACGUAUGCCUAUUUGACAGCUCUGGCAAUCUGUGACUCGCUUGUGCUUUUCCUGACGUUUUUAAUUAUCAUCAACGAUACCAGACCUCCAGACAGCCCUAAACAGAUUGAGCAGUUCCACGCACUGCUGUUUCCUUUCGUCCAUCCAACAGCAGUGGUGUUUCAGGUGACGUCCAUCUGGCUGACUCUUGCUUUUACAGUGGAUCGCUACAUCAUGAUCUGCCAUCCUUUCAAAGCAGAACGGAUGUGCAGACGAAGCCGCGCUCGAAAAGUGAUCAUUUGCCUGUAUAUAGCUGGAUUAGCCUUCAACAUUCCUAGAUACUUAGAGUACAGGACCAAAAUUGAAACCUUACCUUUAGCCAACUCCACAGAGGUUUACACAUUUUAUGGGAUUGAAACGACAGCUUUGGGAAAGAGUGAGUUGUUUUUAGAGCUUGUGCAUUCGUGGCUUUACCUAAUAUUUAUAUGUGGUAUUCCUUUCUUUACCCUGGUUAUCCUCAACGCUUUUCUCAUCAGAGCGGUUCAUCUUUCUCGCCUGAAAGGUAAAGAUCUCAACCCCAGAGAAAAACACCGUAAUGACACCACCAUCAUGCUAAUUGGUGUCAUUAUCAUAUUUCUCAUCUGCCAGGGUCCUGCAUUGGUGUCCCGAAUGGUUUACGCUCUAAAACCAGAGGUCACUUCAACAAAUGCUGGUUUUACACUUAACGAAGUGGGAAAUUUUUUCGUCUUGUUGAAUUCGGCCAUCAACAUUGUACCGUAUUACCUUUUUGGUAUGAAAUUUCGAAGUGAGUUUUGGAGGCUCUUCUGCAAGUGCUUCUUCGAUAAGGACGAAUUAACCAGAAUCACCAGAAGCUACAGUGUGUCCGUUGACCAACGUCGUAUGAGCCAAUACAACGUGAUGGAAAUGAAUGGUGUCUUCAACAGCAGUCAAGGAUUCAACUCUAUUUUGAAUGAACAGGAGAACAGAAAGAGUCCCCGAACAAACACCUUGUACAGCUUCCAAAGAAAACGAACGCCAAUAAAUGGGAGCAGAAGCUUUAUGCGACACAGCGAUACGAUGGAUAGUGUGGCAGCUCCACUCAUCCACAGCACACAGAAUUCACUCAGUUCAUCUGAACUGACACGGGAUACGAGCAAUGACUCUAUCAGAAAUAUCAGCUCCUUAUUUCACACGCCAACAGUCACGUCUCCUUAUUCACACAGCGCCUCUAACGGACAUAGUCAGUGCAUGGGCGUCACAACAAGUCCUUGUAUCACUGUUCCAGAGUGGUCAAUAGUCUAG